AUGGCUUCCAAUCCUGAUCGGGAAAUCACUGACACCGCCGAUAUGGAUAGUGACCGGGUUCAUCAACGACAACCACAGGCUGACACAUCAGCAAGUCGCCGAGAUUCGGGCCAACAGCUGCCGGGACUCAAGGACUGCUUGGGACAGGAAAUCAGUGCUCAACGACCUCUUCUUCCUCAGCCACGUCCUGCCGUGCCGGAAUUCUUUGUACCAGGAGUUUCGGUGCUCUACCUCGACGGUCUACCCAUUCGAACUUAUCUGAUUGGCGGCAUAAUAUACAAUAUGCAGCAGCCACCCAAUGAGACGAAGAGUACUGUCAGUCGAUUCACGAUUGACAGGAGGUGCAUCAGAUAUUCGCUAGAGGUUGUGCAGCAGCCCGAAAAAGCGCGAGCCUGUGGAUCUGGCCCCAGAUCUUCUAACGACCGAAGACCCGUGGACCCACCUCCCGUGGUCGAGCUCAAGGUGUUUACAAACGAUGUCGACACCACGAUGCAAUAUGACGCGACAUUCAUGCUCUACGCCAGUUUAGAAGUUGCCCGGCCUAUAGCAGGGGGUAAAAUGCACAUACCUCCCGCCAUACCGGUAUUGGCCGGCGUCACCAUAGCGAGUGCUGCCUAUCUUGAGAAACCAAAACGAGCCGCCUAUUUCAUCUUCCCAGACCUCUCGGUGAGACACGAAGGCUGGUACCGUCUCAGAUUCUCGCUCUUCGAAGGUGUGAAACACGAUAUGGAUGCCGAUCACGGGAAGCCGUUUGUCCGGACCCAAUCAGAUGGGGAUAAUUUGACCGCGCCUGUUCGUCACGAAGGCGUCUUCAAUCGCAUGGAGGUGCUGUCAACACCGUUCCAGGUAUACAGUGCCAAGAAGUUCCCAGGGCUCAAUCAAAGCACAGCUCUGAGUAUGAUGGUGGCCGACCAGGGUUGCCGAGUUCGCAUUCGUAGAGAUGUGCGACAAAGAAAGCGACGCCAGAAAUCUGGGGCCGAUGGCGACGAUGCGCCGAGUUCUUACCAAGGUACCCCCCAGGCAACCUAUCGCAACCUAGACCACUCCAGAUCCGCCAGCCGCAAUAGCAUGGCCAGUCAACUCGAGGAGCCGCCAAGACGAAUUUCGCUGGAUAAAUCUCCACGACCUCCAAGAUGCUGCACUUCUGCGACGCCAUGA